AUGUCGUACUGUAUGGCAUCAUGGUAUAUUGCGUUAUCACGAAAAGAACAAGCAGAGGUGAUGAGUGGCCUUGAUGUUACGAACGCUUGGAUAAACUGGAACUGCAUCAUUCAGCGAGCGGUACCUGAGCAGCAGUGUCAAUGGGAUUAUGCUGAAAAGAAAAACACGAUAGCAAAAGCUCUGGAAGACCUUAAAGCCAACUUCUACUGUGAACUCUGUGACAAGCAGUACUAUAAACACCAGGAGUUUGACAAUCACAUUAACUCUUAUGAUCAUGCUCACAAACAGAGGCUGAAGGAACUGAAACAGAGGGAGUUUGCUCGUAACGUAGCGUCUAAGUCACGAAAAGAUGAAAGGAAACAGGAAAAAGCCCUUCAACGGUUGCACAAGCUGGCUGAGCUAAGGAAGGAGACCACGUGUGCUCCCGGGAGCGGCCCGAUGUUCAAAUCCACAACAGUGACCGUGCGAGACCGUUGCGCUGACACCCCACAAAGCGCCGCCGUAGAUUCUGCCGACAAACAGGAUUUCGGCUGUACGUUAGCGCACGAUGCGCAGAACUGUAAAGACGUUGCUUCUGUUAUUUCUUCCACUCCUGGAAGCGCAUGUAGUAAUAAAUCCGAUGCAAACAAGUGUGGAGAUCAGCUUCAAGGAGCUCAAGGACAUAGAGUUGGGUUCUCUUUUGCUUUUCCUAAGAAAGCAGUGGUCAAGCUGGAGUCUUCAGCUGCCGUUUUCUAUGAGUAUAAUGACGAAGCAUCUAUGGAGCACGGAUUUAGCAGAAGAAGUAGAUUUGUUCCAGAAGCAUGUAACCUUCAAUCUCCUUCAGCAGCAGAAAUAGUCCUGUGCCCUGAGGAGAAACAUAACUGUUUUCAGCCACUGGUGGAAAAAGGCAUAGACACAGCAGAAGCUUCUGAAGCUCAGGAGUCAAAAGAGCUGGCCAGUGAGGAAAGCAGGGUGCUGGAGAGUCCCAUGUUAACUCCGGCUGCGUCCCGUUCAAGGCAGCUGGUGUCCUCCGACAUGGAUGGCUAUGGUGUUGAUGCAAGUGCAGCAGGCUUCCUGGACCAAACGCUGCCCGUGGUUGCGGACAGUGCUCAGGUUCUACCCCUGGACUGCAGCAGUUACGAGCUGCAGGCAAGCAGGGCUCUCGCGCAGGCCCUGGUGGAGGAUCGUUUAUCUCCACAGGACGUUGCAGAGGAAAAUGAUAAAGACAGGAACAGUGAUUCCUCCACAACUGAAACGGAAAUAAAAAAGCUGGAGGCAGAUGCGUUAGUUCCAUCCCCACCUGCAGAAGGUAGUGGUGGAGCCCCACAAAGCAAACCAGACAUGCGGAAGAGACCUUGUGAACCCUUUGUUCCUGUUCUUAGCAAGCAUGGAUCCAAUAUUCUUCAGUGGCCGUCGGAAAUGUUAAUUUACACAAGUACAGACCCGUCGAUUUCUUAUAGCUGUAAUCCUUUAUAUUUUGAUUUCAAGUCAUCAAGAGCAAGCGACAGCCAAGAAAAGCCCAAGCGUCAGCCAAACAUACCUCAUUUGUACCAUAAAACUGAAUCUGACCAUAGCUUAGUCUCGGGUUUUACAAAUAAACCUGCUUCAGAGUGUGAUGAUUAUGAAACAGAAGUGCAUAAAAAUGUGUGCAACUAUACAAUACCCCUUAUUAGUGAUGUUUCCCUCAUCAGAAGUUGUGAUCUUGCAAAAAAUCAAAAUAAAGUGUCCUUGGAUGAGUCGUUCAGGAUUAGAAAAAUAGAAAAGUAUCACAUUUCUAAAAAUCACUUACGACAAAACACUGUGAUAGAUGAGAAACAUAACAAAGUCUGGAUUAAAGAAGGCCAUGAAAAAUGGCUUCACAAAAGUAGAAAACGGAAAAGGAGAAGAAAAUUAUGUCAUUGUCAUCAUCAUCACUGUGGGGACACAACAGCGUCAGAAAUGGAGAUGUCCUCAGUGACUGAAAAAGAAAUGGUUUUCAGAGAUGACAAUAAAUACCAGCACCUCCAAAAUAACCCAGAGAAGUGCAGACAUGACAUGGGGAACAUCUGGCUAGCUACGGGUGAGAUACUGCAGUCGCAUCAAAAACCUGGCAUUGAAAACUGUCACAAGAGAGCCGUGUCUGCGUCACAUCAUGUACACGGGGAUGGAGGCUGGUGUGAUGUUUGGAGUGCAAAAACCAGCAGCCAACACCACGGUUGUAAACGGCCACGUAGAAAGAGCAAAGUGAGCUCUCGGAGACAGGCAAAGCAGUUGGCUCCGAGUUCCAGGAGGCACAGCUUGAGGUACUCUAGAACACGUUGUAGCUGCAAAGUCAGGAGGUCAAGCUGUAGCCCAGAGCAUAAAUGUUUGGGGCGCUGCAGGGAGGAGAAGAGUCCAAGUCAAAACCAGUCCAUCAAGAGAGGUUACAACGUUCUGACAGAGGAGCCUGAAAAGUCCCACCACAAGCGGAGACAGCAUACCUGUUCCUCUUCAUCAGAUGAAAGCUCGUGUGGACAAACGUUGCCAGCAGAGGAGCAUCUAAGGCAAGCGCGUACUUCAGGUACACAUCACAAGGCAAAAGGGAAACGCAGGAGAAGGAAAACUAGAAUCCAUCGCGUAUUCCUUGACAGGAACGCAAGAGGUGAGACCUCCAGACCUUCCAAAGAAAAUUCUCCGCGUUCUACAGUAAAUAUUUUGGGGGACUUCUCAACUCAAGACAGUCUAGAGGAAACUAAUGUGGAUCCCAAAGGUGAUGGUGCAAAAGAUAUGGAUGAAACAAUGCAGCUGGAGGAAAGCAAGUCACCUAUAGAAACCGAUAGUUCACACGUGUCGGGAAACGACAAACUGGCAGCGUGUGCAGCGAUGGAGAGUGCUCCGAGUAUGUUUUCUGAUGUCGUGGCAAGUUCUGCUGCUUCUGUUCCCGAGCACAGUGCUCCAGCAGCUGCCGGCGCGCAGGAUGUUCUGCAAGAUGAAAAGAAGAAAGAAAAUGUCCACAGUCGUGAAAGUCAAGCUCGUUACAAGGUUUCCCUCCCCAACAGGCGUUUGGAACAAGUUCCUCCGAAAUCCUACCUUUGCCAUUAUGAACUGGCCGAGUCCCUACCGCAUGAGAAGAUAAGUGAGGUGACGAGUGAAUGGGUACAGUGUAGCCCUGGCAUAUUUAGCAGCCCACCACCCUUGCCAUUCAAAGAAGCACACGUGAACACUCAGACCUUUCUGACUACCGAGCAGUUACUAGCCCCCUUCACCCUGCCCGAUCAGACGUUGAUAUUCCCUGCGGAUAACCACGAAAAAUUCAAAGAUCUCCCGUCCGAGGCGUAUCAGCAGAUCGUGCCACAGAACAUGCUGGCCAACAAAGUGAAGUUCACCUUCCCCGUCCCGGCGAUCCAGCCCCCGGAUUCCCCGCUGCAGCCCUUGCCCUUGCAGCCGCCGCUGUGUUCUACCUCCGUCACCACCAUCCACCACACCAUCCUACAGCAGCACGCCGCCGCCAGCACCGUGAAGGUUCUCCAGCCCCACCAGCAGUUCCUCUCACAGGUCCCAGCUCUUUCCAGAGCUCCUUUACCUCACCUGCCGGUAGGACCGCGGCUUUGCCCGGCGGGCCCCGCGGCUUUCGUCGCCCCGCCGCAUUUGCCGCUGGGGCCCGGCUCGGGCCGGGCACCGGACCCGCUUUUGCUGCCCCCCGCCUCUCCCCCGUCCCUGCUGGCCCCGCACCCGGCCGUCAUUCCCCUGCAGCCCCUCUUUUAG